AUGAAACUGUACAACUACCAAUACUUUUUUUUACAUUUCAAAUGUUGUGAUGAUUAUGUUUACCGCCUGUGUGGAUUUGUGUUUUCACGCCAUUUCCUUUCCUCAUCCCUUUUUGGCUGUUUCUUUCAUUUUUGUGUUUGUUCUUUGCCUCCUGCUGCUCCCCUUUCCCGAUCUAUUUCUGCGCUUCCCGUGUGUGACUGUGCCUACCAUUCAGUGAGGUGUUGCAAGCUUAUGGGACUCAGGGACCUGGAUCGGGUUCGUGUUACACCGUCUACCGCUACUGGGACCAGUAGCGGUGUCGCGGGCCCUGCCACUCCAUCUACCACUAAAGCCAGCGGCGUCGCCACCCCUCCAGUUGUCGAUGAUGAAACCCCAUUGAGUACUGAGGGCGGCUCAUCGACUGGCCGAGAGGAGUCGUUCGUUGUUGGGAUGGGCAUUUUGUGUAUGGGUGCCUUCACCAUCUAUUCCGCAUGGCGCAGCAGCAGCAGAGGCUCACCACAGCUUUUGUGGGGCGGGGAGGGUCGACGGCUAUUGAACGGGGGUGAGAACACGACGCUGGGUGCAACAGGAGCGAAAACCAACUUUAAGCCCAAGCUGGUUCUAGUCAAUUUUCCCAGGAAAUUGAGGGGACAGCUGCAGCACUGCCUAUCGCCGCUGGUUAGUACCGAUGAGGUAGAGCUUGUGGACGCUCCUGUUGUGUUCUACCAUGAGGCGACGGAGCUAACUGCCGGUAAUGUGGCGUCAGUUGUCCGGCGCGAGGUUCUCGCUGCUUUCGAUGAACUGGAACGCAUUCCUUGUGUCGUUUAUCAUUCAGCAAUAGCUGUAGAUGGCGGGGCCCUCGACCCGUUUUGGAGCGCAAGGCGGGCCGUGGACGCGUCAAGGGGUCGUGCAUUCCAUGAAUGUCAUUGUAUAGGUUACACUGUCGACGGUAGCCGUGUGGAAGUUCUUGAGCAUGACGUACACGGGAAGGUUGCUUCCACUCUUUCGGAGGAGGCUUUUGCGUGUCCGGGGACGGCGCACGGCCUCAGUGGCGUGAGCGAAGCACUUCGUCAUCACUUCUCUGUGACCCCCGACACCUUUUCUACACAGAGGACUGAGUGUCUUGAUCAUGGGAAGCAUUUCAAACCGUGUACAUCUCAUUAUCCGAGCGGAGGUUCUUGCUCAAGUGCCGUCCGUACUUUGUGGUUGAGCGCUGCACCACUCUUCUCCAUGUUUGCUGCGGCGCUUCGGUUCAGUCGCCCUGAGUUUGAUGGAUGGCAUUACCUCUCGGAGCGGCGGACGGGAUCUCAGUUGUUGCCGUGGCUGCGGAAUGUGCUGAAGUGGGGGAAACCGAAGGGAGAAAGACCUGUCGAGGGGGGCCACGAGGUCGAAGGGGUGCAGCAAAAGGGCUCGCUCAUGCUAGAGAUUACGAUCAGUCAAGAUGUAUCAACUCUCCGCGGGGCGGGUUGUGACGCUCUACGGGAGGUGCUGGUUGGUGCGUAUGGAAACAAGGAUAGUGGGCAAUGCAAAGGGGUGCGGAUUGGGAUUUCACCCCAGAUGAAAGGUGGCGGCGCCGUUGUUAGUUGUUAUUUCCCUUCCAGUCUUUCAGUAUUCCAGGCAUUACGCGAAUCAUGGAGAGUUGUGUCUUUUGUGGCACACGCAACUUUCGAUGUGGUUUCCUUCCGUCUUCUUGCACCGGUAAUAAUCGAUUCUUCAGGUGCGGGGGUGCCAGUGGUUGACACAAGUGAGACGAGUGCGCCCACUCCUAUGUUUCCUCGGUCAAGGCAGGAUCUUGAAGCAUGUCCCUCGUUCUUCUCCUCGACACAGUACUUUUGUACGCUGUCAGGGGAGACCUUUCUGGAUAGCGAGGAGGCAUUCAGGCGCAUGAGAGAGGGAAAUGCACGGGACCUGCAUUAUGUCAUUGUGGAAUAUUCAACGAACGACCUUGUUGUGUAA